UUUCCAACACGGUGGGAUGUGGCUGUAAGGAGCGAUCUGUAAGCAGCGGAUCCAAAUUCGAUCAACCCUAUGUAGCCAUCUGAGGACGGGAGUGUUGCUUCUUUCCUUGUUACUCAUGUCACAGAUGUCGUCUGUUGGUUUCACAGAUCACAGAGGGUCUUUUCUUCUUGCUUCUUAGAGGAAACAGGAUUUAGUCAGAGCGAGUCGAGUGCAAGUGUGCAAGGGCAGUGAAGGCUGACUCAUUGCGUGAUGAAGGAUUCAAACAAUCCUUGUUUGAGAUGUCCUCACUGUGCUGGUCCUCUCUCCAAGGAGAUGGAAACUAGUAGCUGGACUGUUCCGCCUUUAAUCAGGGAUGGUUUUUCUAUGAUUGGUUCUGCUGUCGGUGGCACUGCGAGUGCAUUCUAUGGAUUUAACCAUGCAAUGCCAAUUGUUCAAAGAUGGGUAAAAGGGCCUAUGUGGUUACAUUUCCUCAUAGGUGCUCCACCUGUAAUAGUUUUCUCUUCAGCUUGUGCUGGGUUAGCAGAUGUUCUGGAUUGUUUUGAGCACUGACCCUGAAUCCCUGAUUGGUGGGCCAAUUCCAGGCGAGAUAUUUGUAGAAAAUUCCAGUGUUAGUAAAUUGAAAGAUCAUCAUAUGAUUGUAGGGAUGUUUCUAAUCCCUAGUGCUAUUGAGAAUCUGCAGCAAUCUACUUUUGUUAUUUGCUCCGAUUUCAUAACUUCAAAUGUUAUCACUAUCUGCAUGGGAUUUUUCAGGUGGUGCAGUUCCAGCACUAGCCCAGCUUGUUUCUUGCGGCAACCACAUCUUCAUCAUUGCCACCGGCUGCUUCACAAGAUGAUAAGAUGCAUAAGUCAAGAACCUCCUCCACCCUUUAAAUUUUGUUUCUUUUUAUUAAGAGUUGGAGAGCCCAUGCCUCAGGCAUGCUAUGCCAGCGACUGGCGAAUAUACAUAGAAGGAAAGGAAAAGAAAAGAUGUACAGGUACUACUUAGGAUUACUGUAUAUGUUGUAGGUGUUUUUAUUGUUUAAUAAAUCACAAUGUUGCUUAAUGCUGUGGUCUAAUUAGGGUUAAGAAUAUGGCUUGA